GUGAGGUGCAACCAGAGGACGACAUCAACUGAAACAUUUCAGCGUCCACAUCUCGCUGGAAGUUCAGAAGGAAAAGGAGGAAGAAGAUUCCGACCAUCGAAUUAAACAUUGUGUUUAUUCGACGGCUUAGUUAAUACUUAAUCAUCCACCAUGAACUUACUGUGGGCUGUCAGUGCCCUGCUGUUGAGCUGUUGGCGAGCCAAUGCGUCCACAGCUCCAAACAUCAUUACCGAACCCUCUGAGGUCAACAACCAGACCUCUGCAGUCCUCAGCUGCAACCUGACGGAGACCACCCUCCACAUCAAGGGCUCCCACUGGGUCUACAAUGGCAAAUUCAUUGAGGGUUCCAAAUCCGAGGAAGCCACGGCAUACACAACCCUCAGUUUGUACAACAUCUCCCACAAAUCUGCUGGGAAGUAUGAAUGUGUGUUCCUGACCGAACCGGAGGUGAAGCAGAUUAUUGAAGUCAAAAUCCUUCCCCAUGUUGCUGCCACCAAGCACUCCGAGCACGGCAAUGAGAAUGACAUAGGCGUGAUGGUGUGUGUGAGCCACGGCUACCCACUGCCCACUGACUGGACCUGGUUCAAAGGAGAAGAGGGCAGCCCCCCAACGCCUAUCAUCAACGGCACUACCGACAAAUAUGAGAUCAAGAGCACCCCCAACAAGACCACCCUGACCAUCAAUGACCUGAGCAUCGAGAACGACAUUGGGGACUACAGCUGCUCUGGAACCAAUGAACUGGGCACCAACUCUGAUAAGAUCCACCUGCGUGUGCGCAGUCGCCUGGCCGCUCUGUGGCCCUUCCUCGGCAUCGUGGCCGAGGUCAUCAUCCUGGUGACCAUCAUCUUCAUCUACGAGAAGAGGAGAAAGCCCGAUGACGUCACUGACGAUGAGGACUCAGGAUCUGCUCCUCUGAAAAGCAACUCUACUGAAAAUCACAAAGACACGAAUGUGAGACAAAGGAAUUCUAAUUAGAAGCUGAAAGAGAUGGACAUCCAGACGGCGGUCCAGGACUCGGCUGUUGUGGCACAUUAUACCGUGCACCCUGCAUUUUGAAGAACCUUUUUGUGCUUGGGUGUUAAUGUUUUAAGAAACUGACUGAUUUCCUUUUUAGUUUUCUUCUGUAUUCUUCUCCACAUUGUGCAGCCACAGAACAUAGUGUGAAGUGUUUUCUGCUUGAGGCCGCUGGGCAAAUAUUGCAUGAGUGUAAAUUACCGGUAUAGCAAAGUGUUUGUUUGUUUGUUGUAAAAUCAUUAGACGGUUCAUGUGAAGAAUGCCUCUUUGUGGUCAUUUUUCUGUUAAUGCUGACGCUCCCUUCGCUGGCCUCACAGUUGGCCUCACAGGUCUCACAGUCUGUGCUUUUUAUAUUCUCCAAUCUGGAAGGCUUCUUUGUAAAACAGCACAAGUCCUGUUAUGAGGAAAACUUUUUUGAUCCUAAUCACUGCCAUUUAAUAUCAAAACAACAAGAGUGUGUUUUUAAAUAAUCCUAAGCAGAGUUUCAUACUUUGCCUUUACAACCACUAUUUAGCUUUUGUGUGCAAAUGUGACACUUCCAAUGGAAAUCAGACAUCCUUUGAUUUAAUGUCUUUAAAGUUUUGUUGCCAUAAGAAAUUACAGUUCUUUAAGUGGGAAAUCAUUUGUCCUUUUUAAAAUCAAGCUUUUAUUUUUCUGUUAACAUAUUUUUUACAUUUUUAGUUUGUCACUUGUGUUUUUGUUGCUAAUCUCACAUCCAGAGUAAAACAUAUAUUCUUAAGGACUAAGUGCAAGAGAUGUAAAACUUGCUUAUGUUGAAUGCAACUUGAAUACAACACAUGUUUAAUUUAAGUACAGAAGAUAAACACUUAAUUGGAUGUUUUUAUUUCUCACUCGAUCAGAUCCGAGAUGAGACAAUUGUGUGCGAUUGUUGGACCGUUGUCUCUGUUACCUUCACUGUGUAGAUUAUGCAGAAGCCAUAUGUUCCAUUUAACCGGAUUAGUGUUGUGAUUGGAUAUUGCCAUUUCAGAGUUACACAGAUAUAAAGAUCUAGCCAGAAUUGUUGUAAAUUGAACACCAUCUAAUGUACAACUCACAGAAACUGAAUAAAGGCAUUCCAUUUGA